AUGGCUCUUCUCCCGGAGGCAUUUACCCUGGGUACGGCACCACCUGUGCUGUCUGUUGCGAGGGUCGCCCCAAAGCCUGGCCGGGUAUCGCGCGAAGCUCCGGAGCGAGGUGGUCCGUCGAGGCUUGCUGCAGCUGCCACUGUUUUAGUGGCAAGUGUUGCGGCAAAGAGGCGGACACCGGACACACGGAUGACAGCAACAGGAAUGAGGGCGAGGGCCGAGGGGCAGACGAACAGCCAUGGAGCGGCCGUGGCGACGGACGAGCUGUGGCAACGCUUUGCUGAUUGGGUUGCGGCAAGAGGUGGGGACAUGGUCUGCAACUCAGGCUAG